AACAGAUUAUUAUUGUAUUAGGAAUAUUGUAUGGAAGGUUCCGGUUGUACCACAACAAUAACAGUCCAAAUUUCUGCUUGUGUUGAAACAACAUGACGACUGACGACAAAUAGCAAGGAUAUUCAGCUGCCCUUGUUUGCAGACCGUGUUGACAGAGGAUUUAAGCUCUCACUAAACUCAGAUGGGUCAGGCGCUGUGGAGACUGCCUCCCAGACAACAGCAGCAGCUUCAGGAGGAGCUGGUUGACCGACUGGCUGACCAAGGAGGAGGAAAACGAGAGCAAGUGAGAGAUGGAGGCCCCCAGAGAAGGGUCCCCCAGCACUGUUAUGGCCCUGAUAUCUACCAACUACUGAGAGCACGCAGGGCAGGUAAAGAGCAGCGGGGCUUUAUAGAUUUGGAGAUGUUACCACCAGAGUUGGGCAUUACUAUACUGUCUUAUCUGAAUGCUACUGAUCUUUGCCUGGCCGGCUGUGUGUGGCAAGACCUGGGGAACGACGAAUAUCUAUGGCAGGGGCUCUGCAAAUCUACAUGGGGUCACUGCUCCAUCUACAAAAGAAGACUACCAGCUGGUUUUUCAUAUAGGAGACUCUAUCUGCAGCUGGAUGAGGGCAGCCUGACAUUCAAUGCUAACCCACAGGAGGGUAUCAGUUAUUUUAUGUCUAAAGGAAUACUCGUGGAUCAUCCCACAGAGCUGGCUAAGUUCAUCUUCUACACCAGACGACUCAACUGGAAGAUGCUGAGGAUUUACCUAGAUGAGAGGCGUGAUGUCCUGGAUGAGUUGGUGACCCUCCAUAACUUCAGUAACCAGUUCCUCCCCAAUGCUCUACGCGAUUUCUUCAGGCACAUCCAUGCUCCAGAGGAGAGAGGAGAGUAUCUGGAAACCCUCAUCACCAAGUUCAGCCACAGGUUUUGUACCUGCAACCCUGGCCUUGUCCAAGAACUGGGCCUCAGUCCUGAUGCUGUUUAUGUGUUGUGCUACAGUCUUAUCCUGCUGUCCAUUGACCUGACCAGUCCUCACGUUAAAAACAAAAUGUCCAAGAGGGAGUUUAUCAGGAACACUCGCCGAGCAGCCCAUAAUGUCUCAGAUGAUUUUGUGGGCCAUCUCUAUGACAACAUCUACCUGAUUGGCCAUGUCGCUGCCUAGUUUUUCCUACCAUGCCACCAUCUGUCCAGUAGAAUUACUCUUACUGCACUGAGGAAUAGGGAUUGGUGAUUUGAUUCCCACACAGGUCUAGAUAUUAUGUAACACUUAACAAUUUCCACAGGGAAACAAAAAAAAAACAAACAAAAAAAAUCACCAUAAACUUUAUAGAUGUCUGGACAAUACCUUUGCACUGUGAAUUGCUUGCCCAGAUGGAGCUUGUAUACACCACUAAAUAUCAUUUUAUUAGCUUUCAAUCAAAGGUGUGAAACACUGAGGGAUUUGAAAUGUCUAAAAAAAACAAGCCAUUACAAUGGAGAAGUUUUUAAGUUGGAGCUACUAGGGACCCUGAAGACAAGCUCUGAUACUGCACUGAAGGAUUGUACUGCCGAACGCUGGAUGGAGGACUGGCUCUGUGCUUCAUAUGUCAUAGGAGCCAGAGCAGCCCAUGCUGACUUUUUAUUGGACAGGAGCUACUCCAUGUUUGCCAAUAGAGUAGCAGGACAUAGACUGGACCAUCCGUUCAGCAGGACACAUGGGGGAAGUUAGCACCAUGCUCACAUAAUAUCACUGUAGUACCAUUUAUCACCGUAACAAACGGGCAAGUUACACUGGAACCAUUGGACGUCUGUCAGGACCAUCACCCAUCAAGUUAACUCUCCUGUUAAAGUCAGCAGAUGCUGCUACACAGGCUGAGUUGUGUUGCAUCCAAUGGCAAUAACCAGAGAGCAUCCAGCAUCAAUAUUUUCCUACGUUGAAUUCCUAAUGACUGAUGCUAGCUUCACUCCAUUUUAUAAAUGGGAAAACUGAAUGUGGCAGCAACAACCCAUUGAGUCUUGUGGUGCACUAAGAGGUGCUCUGCAAUCUGCCUACAUGUAAGUCCUAAGAAAUGUUCCAAUUCAGAUAGACUGUUUCUGGUGAUUUGGUCAAUAUGAAGUAAAUCAGAUGCCUGCUUCAAUAACUAAGCACAGCAUACAUCUAUUGUUUUCAGUUUAACAGUAAAUAACUAGCUAACCUGUUGCCCAUAUUAAGAUGAUUUACACAGAAUGCAUUAAAACAGUAUUACAGUAUAAGACAGUGCAUAAGAACUAACAUAUGAUGAGGGCAAUGAAGAAUCAGAACACUUUGGAGCUGACAUUCUUAGUGUGUAGGAGGUAGUGUAAUGUAAGUGUAACAAUGUAACACCAAUAUCAUCAAGACGUGCUCCCCCUGGUGUAGCUUCUAUGUAGUGCUGCAUUCAUGUCAUAUGAGAUAAUAUAGUAGAUAUAAGCUCAAUUCACCUCAACUUUAAGCUGGCAGAUAUAACUAUGAGAUACUGUUCACUUCAGCUUUCAGAUGAUGUGUCCAAGUUAGGUAACGUUUUGAAUCCAGGAAGGAAAUACAUCCAGUUAAAUUUAUGUCAAAUGAACAUCGGAAAACGUCCAGGUUGUUGCUUUUAACUGGUCAGUCAAGCCAGUGAUUAUUCUGAUUAGAUAUGAAUGCAGCAUGACAGUCACUCUAGCAUUUAAAUCCCAGCAGCAGCAGCCCAUGAACUAGCUAGCAGGUGGUCACAACCAAUAGUCUAGAACCUCAUGGCCACUGAAUGAAACUAUAGCAACAGACAUAGUGACACAGUGAAACAGUGUUACAUUUAAAGCUUUUCUAUGAAGACAGAUAUUUCAACAAGCAGGAUAAAGCAGGCAGAUAACUGAAAAAUUCUUUCAGGCGGUAUAACAACAGUGUAUUGAGAUACACUGUUGUUAUACUGCACAAUAAUCUGUCAUCGUGAACAGUACAGUACCACUCCAAUUGUGACUUCUCAGUUACGGUCAAGUAUCAGUUGCAUAAAUGUGUACAGCAUUGCUAGCUUUGCAGUCAAGGCUAACAUGGCCAGUUGGAUGAAGCAAAGGAAAUACUUUCCUUACAUGGAAACAGGUAACAGAGGAUGCACUUGCCGGAUCAUAUACAAAAUCAAAGAGAAUGUUUUAGCCGCAAAGUGGGCUUAAACAGUAAUUUGAACAACGGUCAGUGGGACUUGAACAGGAAAUUAACGCUCUAAAUUACAGUUAUGUUUUUAUUGUACAUUGGUGAUAAUUAUCAGAUACUGGUCAAGAAGAUACACAUUUCUAUGAGCUUGACUGAAUGAAAUCUGGAAUCAUUAAGGAUUUUUUUUUCCUUUUUUUAGUCAAUAGCACAUAGUGGAAAUCCUCUGAAAUUGUCAUAAUUUCACAAGUUUCACUGUAAUUAUAAUUAUGUCUUCAUUAUAAAUAUUUUGCCACUAAUAAUGACACUAAUAGUCCAGUCACUGGUGAAUGUGUAAUCAAAUGUAAUGAUCAUUUUAUAGCAUUUAGCCCGAGACCAUGUAUUGUACUCAGACCAUGGCCAAAAGCACCGUACCGCACUCUUUUAUUCUGUCUUGACAGCGGUCAGUGGUCAUCGUCUCUCAAAAGGCUUUGCUAAGGCUAAGCAGCCACGGUAGCUCCAGCAAGGCCACUUGCAUUGCAUGGUUGCACUUUGGAUUCGAUAACAAGCAAACCUAAAAACCUCUUUGCGCUUUAAACACAUUUGGUAUUAAUAUUCAAUUUUUAAUUUCAGGGUAGGCUAAUACACGUUAAGCAAAAGUAAUUGCCUUCUGUAAGUUGAAGAUGGAAUUACCUAUGCAUGGCAACAUGAAGGAAACAGGGUUAAGGUAGCCUUGAUUGCUAAGCUAAAAACCCAUAUUCUGUUCACACUUUUUAAACCACUUGAGCUGGACAGAUUUGAUCAUGACUGCUGACAAGAAGUCAUCGAUAGGACCGAUAAUGGUUGUUUAAUUUAAUUUAAUUUAAUUUAAUUUAAUUUUAGUUCCAUAGUUACUAAGCCUUCUGUUUGGGUUGCAAACCAGGCCUUGGCUCAUUUCACAGUCACUUCAUUCAAAUUGUCACAAGAAACUGGCAGUUUGUUCCUAAUGCAAAUUCCCUUUGACUUAUUUCUUUACUGAGUGGAUAUGACGCUUUACAUUCUGAAGUUUUUUUCCCCCCUUCCCUUCCCACUUGCUGUAUCAAUGGUGUUACAGGUAUACUGAAGAGUGCUGUCAAAUGAUCUUUUAUUUAUUUGUGUCUUGUCUUCAUGUAUGUGAUUAUUAGAGGGUCUUGUGAGAAGAGGCUUUGUUUUACUUAACAUUUUAACUGUGUGCACCUGGGCAGCCAGAGCUGUGAAAAGGGUUCCUGUUGAAAUAAGAUGACCAUGGAAUCAGAAGGAAAACUUUUGUUUAAGUUAAGAAGCUUAAAAAUAACAACAAUUUUAAUGUUUAAUUAAUAGUUCAGACUUUUCCCAUAUUAUUAUGAUUAUUAUGAUUAUUGUUAUCAUUAUUAUUAUUAUUAUUAUUAUUAUUAUUUUGCUGGUCAGUGCGAGUGUAAUACAUACACCAAGUUUGGUCUGUUAAACCCUUCACUGUUGCAAGAAUGAGAGCUCCACUGGGAGUGCACUGCUGCACACUGAAGAAGUAGAUACAGACCGGAAAACAGCUUGUCUUUGAACAGCAACACAAUGCAGAAAAAAUGCUUUGAAGGAUGCACAACAACAAAAGUUUGUUUGAUUUUGAUCACUCUCUUCAGCCAGCUGGGUUCCAAAAUGGUGACGCAUUACUUCUGUAUUACCACAGAGUGGCGCUCCACUCCCAAAUUCAGCCUAAGUGUUGACAGUGACACUGCUAUGAGUGAGAACAAUUCUGCCAUUUUGGAAACCAGCUACUGAUGAAAGUGAAAUUGUUUUUUGAGGUUACAUGUAUUCACAUAGAACAAGUAUUUGCACUCAUAUUAAAAAAGUUAUUGUCAUCGCCCAAAACUCAAGUGAAAAAAUUUUGUUUUGUAAUGUUCAGAUUGUAAAUUCAAAAGAAAUAUCUUGGCUACUCAGGAAAGGCAAAGACUGGAUUGACAGUUGCACUGACUUUUUACUCAUCAACAGAUAUCAAAGCUCUGGAUGACAAAUCAAAAUAGCAUCUCAUUCAUUCCAAUAAAAAUGGCUGACCUAGGACAUGCAUGCCAUUUUUUUCCCCCAGAAUUUUCUGUUUCACAAUGAGUAUGGAUUUCCAUGUGGAAAAAUCUCAUGAAAGUGUUAAAAAAAAGAUUUAGUGAAUUGUAAAGGAAGCUUGUGCUUCAGGACAAUACUUUGAUGUGGCAAGAAAAAAAAAUCCAAUCUCACAGAGGCUUUUACAGAAUUUCCAGAAUUCUAUCUGCAAAAUACAUGCUUGACCAGUUAAACCUUUUGAUUGCAGCAAUGUCAUGAUUUCAAACAUUUCAACUGACUGGCCUGCAGUAGCUUGAAAUAGCAGCAAAUAUCACCAAAUUUGAAAUACAAUGAAGCUGGAUAAUUAUCUCCAUAAGGAGAUAGUAGAUAGUAUUGGGAUUGCCCAGAGGGAUGAUUUCAGCCCUCUGAAAUAUGGUGUGUUCAUGCUAAUGGAGAGAUUACCCGCUCAGGAGAACGGCAGCAAUUUCAUUCAUAUAGGGACAAUGCUUGAGUGGCUGUAAGGAUUCCUGAUGGGCUGCUAAGUGCUGGUGUCUGGUCAGGAAUUAAUAUGUAAUAAAUGUAUAAAUUA